AAGAAUAAAAAAUCAAAAACGACAACACACCCCUCUAACAGCUGCUCGUGACUCACGAAAAGCACAUAAGAACAACAGAAAUAUGAAUAAUAUUGAUCCAGAAAUGCUUGAUGAGAGUGAUUUUUAUGUGAUUUACAAGAAAUUGCAACUGGAAUUAGAGCUACUACGCGUUCAGGAAUACUACAUAAAGGAGGAGCAGAGCAAUCUAAAAAAGGAGUAUUUGCAUGCUCAGGAGGAGGUUAAGCGUGUUAAAGCAGUGCCCCUGGUUAUUGGUCAAUUUCUCGAAGCCGUUGAUGAGCACACCGGUAUUAUAGCCUCAACAACGGGUUCCAGUUACUAUGUGCGCGUCUUAUCCACUAUAGAUCGGGAACAUCUAAAGCCAUCGACUUCGGUGGCCUUGCACAAGCAUAGCAAUUGUUUGGUGGACUUGGUGCCGCCAGAAGCAGAUAGCACUAUCUCAUUGAUGACACCGGAUGAGAAACCAGAUGUGACAUACGCCGACAUCGGUGGACUCGAUAUGCAAAAACAAGAAAUUCGGGAGGCCGUCGAAUUGCCAUUGACUCACGCCCAUUUGUAUAAGCAAAUUGGCAUUGAUCCACCUCGCGGAGUGCUACUCUAUGGUCCGCCGGGUUGCGGCAAAACGAUGCUGGCCAAGGCAGUCGCCAAUCAGACAACUGCUGCAUUUAUCCAUGUCGUGGGCUCAGAGUUUGUGCAGAAGUACUUGGGAGAGGGACCACGAAUGGUGCGUGAUAUAUUCCGGCUGGCCAAGCAGAAUGCACCUUCGGUCAUAUUCAUUGAUGAGAUCGAUGCGAUUGCCACUAAACGCUUUGAUGCCCAGACUGGCGCCGACCGGGAAGUGCAGCGCAUUUUGCUGGAGCUCUUGAAUCAGAUGGACGGAUUCGAUGAGACUACCAACAUAAAGGUAAUCAUGGCAACCAAUCGUGCAGACACCCUAGAUCCGGCUCUGCUGCGUCCGGGUCGCUUGGAUCGUAAGAUUGAGUUCCCUUUGCCGGAUCGCCGGCAGAAGCGUUUGGUUUUCACUACCAUUACGGCUAAAAUUAAUCUCGCCGAAGAUGUCGAUCUGGAGGAGCUAAUUGCUCGCGCCGACCGAAUCUCGAACGCCGACAUUAACGCUAUCUGCCAAGAGGCUGGGAUGCACGCAGUCCGUGAAAAUCGUUAUAUCGUGCACGCAAAGGACUUUGAGAAGGGCUACAAGACUAGCGUUAAAAAGGACGACUCUGUGCACGAGUUUUACAGUUAAAUAUCAUAUAUAAUUAAAUCAUGUAAAAUUAUAUAGUAUCAUCAAAU